CGCAGGGCCUGCGCCGGCCGCGGGGUCCCCGCCCCGACGCGCGCGCCCGCGUCCCCGGGCGCACCUGAGGCUGCCUGCGGCGCCGGCCGGGCCGUGCCCAGUGCGCACCUUCGCACCUGCCCCGGUGCGUGCGUUUGGGUGGGCUGGGGCCGGCCUGGUCCGCCCGAGGCCGGGUGCCACGCGCGGGGCGCCCCGCAGGGCGCGCAGACGUGGGGCCGUGGUGGCACUGGUUCGUCCGACGCGGGUUUCGUGGGUUCCUGGUGUCGGGCUUCCGAGGCGCCCGGCCAGCCCCGGUCUGCACCAUGGCCCUGCCGAGGCUGGGGCGUGCGCCGCGCACCCGGGACAGCGCGGGACGCGCUGCUGCCCGCAGGGUUGUGCCCGGCCCAUGGGUUCUCGGACUCGCGGCUCCCGUUCCUCCCACUCAGUUUGAAACUUGUGUGAGUUCUCCGGGGCUCGUGGAUGCCCCCCAAUCGGGCCAGACGCCCCGCAGCCCUGCCCCUGGGACGGACUCGGGUCGGGACCCCGGCCGGCGCGCAGAGCGCGGCCGCCUUCACGCGAGGGGCUUCGGGCGGGCCUCUGGCCUUCAGCAGGGUGCCGGGCCGCGGGGCCUGGGCCGCAGGGGCCUGGCGCAGCUCCCGGUCCCGCCAGGGCCUCCGGGAGGGCUCGGAUCCGUGUGGGACAGGACGGUCAGCAUUCGCUGCAGGGUCGAGCCUGGGUUUGCAGACCCACCCCCCUGCCUCUCCUCUGGGGAAUGCGAAGCCGACCCCGCGGCCCCCCCCAUCCACUCCUUUGCCCCACUCCCCAGGCUUGUGCGGGUCAAGUUCGCCGGCUCGCAAGCCCCAGGGCAGAGCACGGCAGCUGGGUCCCAGGCUGCCCCGCGGGUGUUGAGAGCAGCAGGGGCGAGUGGCAGGGGCGGGACGCCUGUGGCCCGCAGUAGACCCCACUGGGUUCCGAGGGUUCAGAGAGCCCCCAGGGGGAGGGCAUGUGGCUGGGCUGGCACAGCAGGCCGGACAUCGCUGCCCUGGAUGGGGUAUGGGAAGCGGGCUGAGGCCUGGUUCUUGGGGUGGAUCUGGGCACCCCCUCCCUGUGCUGCCGGCUCUGCUGUUGGGGCCCGCGAGGGGAGCCGGUCCUUGUCCCUGGCGCUCUUGCCACCCUCAGUUCCGGAGCUGUACUGCUGCUGACCACUGUGAACGUAUCCGCUGCUGCAUGGUCCUCUCGGGCCCUUGCUGUGUGUCCAGCUUCUGGCCACCCAGGAGCGUGCUGCCGUGGACGCGGUUGGAUGCGUCUUGCGCGGGAGCAAGUGCCCCGUGGCCUGCAGGGUCUCCGCCGAGCACCUGCCAGCUCCCCACCAGUCCCCAGGGCCGGGCUCCGGCCAGUGUUGGGUUAGGGUCCGGCCUCAUUGCCAGGCCGCUGGGUGCACGGUGGGGCUGUGACUUGAUUUGGAUUUCUCUGAUUACUACGUUAAGCCACAUGUUCUUUGUCAGUGAAAUUUCGUUCCUUUUUUUUUUUUUCCCGAUUUUUCUCUUUUUUCCCCACUGGAGUCUGCAGUUUCUUUAGGGGACAUUUCCCCCUCGAUGUGUGUGUUGAAAACGGCGUCUCUUCCUGCUCGGGGUUCAUUUGUCAGUUCUCUGUCCCGGCACCUGGGGCUGUGACCCAGACAGGGUGCAGAGCCCUGGUCUCCUCCCGCAGUGUCCUCGGCCAAUUGCCGAGUGACGUUUGGAUGUGGGGGCAGCAUCGCUGGUUUGCACCUUUCCCCGGAGCCCGGCUGCUCCCUGCAGUUUGAGUUGUGGCACACGUGUGCCCCGGAAGGCACAGAGCGUGUCUCGUCACCCUCACUGUUCCUGCUGGCUCUUGCAGCUAAGGCUGUUAGAGUGACCUGUCCUGGGGUGUGUGUCUAAAUAGAUUUGUUUAUGUGAAAGGCUGAAUGACAGGGAGGUGGAGACGCAAACCCAGAGAUCUUCGGUCUGCUGCUUCACUCCCCAGAUGGCCGUGAGAGCAGGGGCUGGGCCAGGCUGACGCCCAUGUGGGUAGCAGGGGCCCGAGCACGUGGGCCAUCCUCUGCCCUCUGCGCUCCUGCUCCCCAGGUGCCUUGGCAGGCAGCUGAAUCGGAAGCAGAGUUAGCCCCGGCUCAGCGCGGCACAUGGGUGUCCCAAGGGUGGCCUACCCUGGACGCCCACCCCAAGCUGCCAGUUUUGUGGUGGCUGCCUGGUGGGGGGUUGCAGUCUGCCCCCGCCGGGGGACCCCUGCUCUUCCUGGGGCUUGGGUCCCUUUGUUUGGUUAAUUGGGCAGCUCUGAUGAGCAGAAGUUCUAACGUUUUUAUUCACUCACUUAUUUGAGAGGCAGAGAGAGCGUUCCCCUCUGCUGGUUCACUCUCCAGGUGCUUGCAAAUGUGGGGUGGGCUGAGCCCACGCCUGGAGCCUGGAACCCCAUCCAGGGCUCCUGCGGAGGGGCAGGAAGCCGUGCGACUGGCCGGCCCAGGUGCCGCAGCAGAGGUCCGGGCUGGGCUCUCUUCCCUGGCCUGUCGCUGUCGGGUGCUGCCUGAGCGGCCUCAAGUCGUGGACGGGCUUCUGUGCGUGGUUUCUGGGAGCUUCCGCGCGGCUCAUCGAGCCGUAACUCAGACGCCGCCUGAGGUGGGGCUGAAGUUCGGGCGUUUGGCCCCCGGUGGGGUUCUGUGGCUCCGCAGAGCCAGGUGGGGACAAGUGGCCUUUGUGUGACAUCAGCUUGCAGGUCAUAGUUCACGCCUGGCUUCUCCUAGCUGCCGCUGCCAUUUACAAAUUCAACUGCUUUAAAAAAAAAAAAAAAGCUUUAUUUGUGUAUCUGAAAGCGAGCUAGCCGAUCCCCCCACUGCUGCGACAGCUGGGGCUGGGCCAGGGCUCCCCUUGGGGGCGGGGCCCAAGCAGGGAGCCUCCAGGGUGCCUGAGCAGGGCGCUGGACUGCAGGCGGCGCCCCGGGCCUCUUGAGGGCGGGUGCUGGGGUGGCGCUAAGCUGCCCUCGGUGCGGUGCUCUGAGGCUGCGGUGUGGAGACGUUCGGGCUGCUUCCUCUUUGGCUGUGCCGUGGGCUCGCCGUACCCCGAGUGCUGGGCAGAAUUCACCCUGGGACGCCUGGAGUCCUCCAGAGAUUCCUGGUCAGCUUUCCUGCCGGCUGUGCGGCGCUUCCCGCCCUCAGUGCGGCUUGACACUGAGUUUGUCCAUUUCAUCCAGAUUUUCAAGUUUAUUGGCAUAAAAUUGUCCAUAUUCUUAAGGGUUUUUUUGGUUUAUUUUCACUUUACUUGAAAGGCAAAGAGGAGGUCUCCUGUCUGCUGGUUCACUUCUCAAACGUCUGCUACGGCCUCCGCGCUGGAGCCAGGAGACUGGAGCUCCACCCGGCUUCCCCUGGCGGGCGGCAGGGACCCGAGGAGCCGCCCGGCUGCCUCCCGGGUGCACUGGGGCAGGAAACUGGGGCCAGAGCAGAGGAGCUGUCGUGGGGUGCGGCGCCCCGGGUGGUGUCUCUCGGCUGCACCAUAUGCCUGCAGCAUCUGUCCUGGUGGCUUAAUUUUAUUGGCUUUUUCUUUUUUUAGAAUUUAAACAUUUUAAAUUUUACUUAAAAGGCAGAGAAACAGAAAGGGGGUAGGGGAUCUCUUAUCUGCUGGUUCAUCCUUCAGAUGCCUGUAGCAGCUAGGCUUGGGCUGGGCCAGGGCCAGGAGCCAGGAGCCCGUUGGCUCUCCCACGUGGGUGCAGGGGCCCGAGCACCUGGGCUGCCCUCCGCUGUUUUCCCAGGCUGCCAGCAGGGAGCCGGGUGGGACUCGUGCCCCAGGAGCCAGGGUGUUUGGUGUGGAACCGGCCCUGGGGCUCUGGGGCAGUGGCCCCUCAGCUGGUGCUGAGGGUGUGGCCUCUGUGUGACCCCCAUGCUGGGGGUGGUGGCCUCUGCGAGCUGUGGAAGCCCUCGGCCCCCUUCCCUUCAGUCGUGUCUCCUCUCUGCUCCGCGGGCCUUGGGCACGGCCGGGGGGUGGUCAGCUCUGUCUCCCUGUGGGCACCGUCCCCUCACCUUCCCUGGGAGCACACGGGAGUCACUAGGGCUGUGUUUGGAGAGCAGCGUCCAGGUGUGGACGGUGCUGCGGGGCACAUGGGGCUGUGUGUGUGAGUGGAGGCCUGGCCCAUCGCCCUGGGCAGUGCUGGAGGCCCACGGGCACCACCGGCAGGAGUCAGGCUUGGAAAGCUACCCCGUGGCCGCCUCUCUGAACCUUUGCGGACACCCUGCGGCCCACGCCACUUCCGAGAGUGGUCAUCAGGUGCCGUCUGGCCCAGCAGUGGCUGGAGAGCCGGUGUUGCGCCCCAGGGCCUGGCUCUGAGUGCCGCCUCCUGGCUCCCGACCCCAGCUGCCGCUGGGCAUCCUGGGAGCAGCAGUGUGGCUCAGGUGCCGGCACGGAGCUCUGGGGAGGCAGCAGCAGGUGGGGGCUUUGUCUAUCAAAUAAAUAAAUAAAAAUGCAGAACAAAGAAAUGCUGCGCUAACAAGCAGCCGGGCCAGGUGCGACCCUCUGGCCAGCUGUGGCCUGGUGUUGGCUGACGUCCGCUCUUGUCCUUUCCGGGGAGGUUCGGUGGAGCAGGUGGCAGCCAGCAAAGGCCGUUGCAUGGAGUGGCCCUGGUCGGCCCUGUGGUGGCGUGUGGAGCGGGCAAGGCAGCGUCAGACCUUGGGGGUCCAGACGUGGCGCAGCCAGGGUGAUGGGUGGCUAGCAGGGAAGGGGGCGCUGCAGGCCUGGGAGCAUCCGCCCCGGCCGCCGCCUCGGGCGUCCUCCCCCAGGGCCGCUGGUCCUUGGGAACUCACCGAGGUGAGUGAGAGGCGUCUGCCGGUGGGUGCGGCCGUGGGGACGGUGCGGGUAGCAGGGCGUUGAGAGCUAGCUCCUAGUGAUGGCCUUGUGCAGGGGUCCACGAGGAGGCCCUGCUGCCUCCUGCCGUGUGGGUCCCCUAGGGUGGAGGUACCAGAGCCCUUGGGGCAGAAACGGGCAGUGGCGACGCCAGGCGGUGAGUGGGGCUGCCCUUCCUGCACUGCACGCGGCCUGGGACAGCGGUGCCUCCUGGGGCCUGGCUGUGCCAUCUCUAGGGUCCAGCGGCAGCGCCAAAGCUGCAUUGUCUGCACCCCUCCCCCGGCGCCUGCGCUGACCGGCACUCAGCCCCUCGGCCGGGCUCCUCCCCCCAGCUGUUCACUGUCUCUUCGUCCCGUCCCGCGUCGUCCGUGUUAGGAGGGACUGUGGGGGCCCGAGGCCCCUCGACAGCUGGGGACGCCGUCAGCGUCUUGUGUCUUAGCGUCUUCUCCGGCUGCCCCGCAGCUGCUCCUGGGGCGGCUCCAGCGGACUCGUGGCGCACACGCCCAGGGCUACUUGCGUAGGAGUGGGAGGAGCGUGCCUGCGGGGGGCUCUGUGCCACCGGGUUGGGCCGGGGUCCCUGGUUCUGGAGGGGUUUGGGUGAGGGCUGUUGUACCGCCCAGGAGCCCCGAGAGUGCCUGAGAAGGCGGCCGGUGCCUGUGACCAGCUGCUCCUGCCGCAGCAAUGGCUUCUGCCUCCUCCUGGGAGUGCCAGGGAGAGCGUCAGCUGGACACAGGCUGCGGGCAGCACCCACUGCAGGGCCCAGGGCAGGUGUGCGUGGGAGCAGGCCCCCAGGAGGGCCGCCGGCUGCCCUGCCCACCUCGCCUCGCCUCAGCCCGGGAUGCUGGUGAGCCUCUGACACCAGCUCUGCUGGCUUCCAGCCGGGCCUCGGGGCUUCUGGUUUAGACCCCAGGGUGCAACCUAGUGGAAGGUCUUGUACUUGACAGUCGAGUGGGCCCACACGUCCCCCUGGGCACAGCCCGUGUGCAAGCGCCACACCCCUCAGGGGGGCUGGGCACUGUGGAGCAGCAGGGCCAGGGCUGGGCGAGGCAUGGCCCGGUGCCACCCAGCCCCGAGUGAGCCUGCAGAAGUGGAGUGGAUGUUGGGGGGGGGGUCAGUGCCAGCCAGACUGUCCCCAAAGACGGCCCAAGUGCUUGGUCCCCUGCACCCACAUGGGAGAUCCAAAGGAGCUCCUGGCUCCUGGCUUCGGCCUGGCCCAGCUCUGGCUGUCGGGGCCGUUCGGGGUGUGAACCAGCAGAUGGAAGAGCUCUCUCUCUCUCUGCCCUGCCCCUGCCCCCGCCCCCAUCCCCGCCCCCGUGACUCUGCCCUCAAAUAAAUAAAUCUUUAAAAAAAAAAAAACAACUCCCCAUCAGGGGCUGUGGGAUGGUAGGGCAGGGGUCACCUCAUGGCUCCUUGGACGUCUCUUCCAACUUCUCAGGCCCUGGGGUAGAGCCAGGGCCCCUGGCCCUCAUUUGGCAAAGAGCACAGGGCCGUGGUCCCGCUCGUGAGGAUGGGAGGGAAGUCUGGUGCCCGCCCCUCACUCACCCGCACACACCCUGCGCAGGCGCUGACUGAGCUGCUGCGCAGAGAUGGGGCUGGCCUGGGGCCCCCGGGCCCCAACCUUUAGACAGACCAGGGUCAGGGGUCGGCUCUGAGGCCGUCCCCGGGGGACUCCCACACAGAGAGCCAGUGGCAGUGAGACUGGCACCUGAACCAGUUUCCCCGUGGCCUGAGAGGGGUGGCCAGUGGAUGUGCUGCCCGGCCUGGUCCCCUGCCCGCAUUUGUCUUCCGUAGAAGGGGCUUUGGUGACAGUGGAGGAGAAUGCCCACCGCCCCAGGGUCAUCCCGAGACUCAGCAGGCCCUCAGGCUGGGCUGCCCAAGACUCGACAUUCCAGUGGCCAGCAUGGACCGAGUAUGGCCCGGGGCAGGGACGGCACGCGUGACGCAGACCCGGCCCGGGGACACUGUUGCUGGAUGGCUUGGCGAGUUCUGCACAUGCUCUGUACUGAAGCAGGGGCCAGUGUCCGGUCAGCAGGGUGGGGGUGGCCUGGACGCUGUCUGUGCUCCAGUGGGGGCGGUGAGGCCGCCGUGAGGGGACAGGUGCACGGUGGUGGGCUCCUGGCGUUCAGGGCUUCUUGGGGUCCCUUAGAGUGCUCGUGGGUCUCUCGUCUUUCUGGUUUCCUUCAGGGGUGAGCACGGGUGCUCUCUGCGCAGAGUCUGGAGUCCCAGGCCCUGGCUCUGUUCUCCACCAGGCUAUGGAGUGUAAUGGGACCGGGGCGGGGGGGCGGUCCAGUGCCCAUGGCCCCAACGCUCCUCCCACGCCUCUGGGUGGCUGUAGCUGGACUUGGCAUGUGGCUGCCCUGCAGCCUUCCUGGGGCCCCACCCUGGUCUCCCAGGCCCUGUGUGCCUGGCCCCGGACUUGGACAUCUGCCCCUGAUGAUGGUCUCCUUCCCACUGGGGUGAGAAGCCCCUAGAACCUGCCUGCUGUCUCUGGGCAGCACCGUCCUGGACACCAGACUGGCUGAAGGUUGAGCUCGGACUCCCGGCUGAGAAACAGGGCCCUGUGCCGGUGCACACAGCCCCAGGGGCUCCUCGCCAGGGUUCACGGCUGGCAGCUGAGCAGGCCGUCAUGCACCCGACUUGGGUCAGCGCAGCCUCGUGGCCCAGACUCUCACAUGGGCGGGGCCCACUCUCACCCCCGCAGUCUGCACCACCACUCAGAGGCUCGCUGAGCACUGGGGGGCUGGGCUGCAGUCUCUGAGCGGCCCCAGGUGGCACAGAGCAGGGACAGGAAGCCGUGAUGGGCAGGCGGAGCUGCCCUUGCCUGGUGAGGCGGUGGGGGUGGGAGGGUCCCUGUGCAUGGGGUCUUCCUUCGGAGCUCCGAUGCCCCAGGUCAGCCCUGCGAGGUAUCCCUUUGUCAGCCGUUGCCAUCUGUGCGGUGAAUCUUGCCUUUUGCCUCAGCUCCGUCCCCGAGGUCACCGCCAUGCACAUGGUAUCCCGCGGCUCCUCCCAGUCUUGGCCUCACCCUUCGACCUGGGCUGGCUUAAUUUUUUAAAAACAGUUUUUAUUUAUUUAAAAGACUAAGAAAGAGAGAGGUCUUCCAUACAGUGGUUGACUCCCGGAUGUCCACCGCGGCCAAGACCGGCCCAGGGACAAAGCCAGGGGCUGGGGAGUCCCACCCAGGUCUCCCAUGUGGGUGGCAGGGACCCAGGCACUUCGGCCGUCCCCUGUUGUCUCCCAGGGUCUGCACUGGCGGGAGCUCAAGGCAGGCACUGCGGUGUGGGGUGUGGGUGUCGAGGCUGCUGGGCCAGCAUUCCAGGGUGGAGGAAGCGAGGCCUUGGGCGCAGGCCUCCUUACGGGGGUCCGUGGGCUCGGCCGUGCAUAUGGUGACUCCUUCCACGCACAGCCUGGACGCCAGCUGCGACGGCUUGGGACCUUCCGCGCCCACUGCGACUCUGCGCAGGUGCCUGGAGAAUUGUCCCCUUCACUGGUGUGUGCAGGGGCGACUUCUUCCCAACUCUGUCUUCAUCCUCCGCGGGCUCUGUGUGAGCUGUGAGCAUUUUGCAGAAUUCUCACUCAGCACCUGACCUGUCCCCUGUCCUGGGCAGCAGCCACUCGUCACCCCCACACCAUGUUUCUGCAGAGCCCGCUGAGGGCUGCAGGUUUGAGAGGUUUCUUUAAAAAAAACAACCACCUGAAAGGCGGAGAGAGAGGGAGAGACAGAGAGACUUCCCUCCUCUGGUUCACUCCCCGGAUGCCCACAGCAGUAGCGCCUGGGCCAGGCUGAGGUCAGGAGCCAGGAACUCAGUCUGAGUCUCCCGCGUGGGUGGCAGGGACCCAAGCACUCGGAUCGUCUCCUGCUGCUGUCCAGGCCGUCAGCAGGGGGCUGGAUGGGACGCGGAGUAGCUGGGACUUGAACUGGCGUUCCGGUGUGGGAUGCAGGUGUUCAAGUGGCAGCCUGAGCCCCUGCCAUGGGCCACCCCUCGGGCUUUCUGAGCACCCUGCUCCCCCACGCGGGCCGAAGUCCUGCCACUGGUCCCCAGGUCCCCAGGGUCAGCCCUCCCCUCUCGGCUCCGUGGUCAUCAGUGAGGAGCAGGUGGGCCUUCCCACCCAGAGCCAGGGUCUCGAAGGAGUGGGUGGAGUGUGGAGGCUCAGAGCCUGCUGGCGUUGACAUUUGACGUGGUUUUGACAUCAUUGUGCAGGUGCAGGGAGUGGAGGUGGCAGGCGACCCCGGUGCCUGGCGCCCAGCUGGGAAGGUUGUGCCUGUGGCCCCUGCUCCAAGUGACACAAACGUGGGAUGGGUGUGGGCAAAAGUCCCUUCCCUGCAGCCCGCAGACAGGUUCUGGACCUGUCCUGGGCAGGCUCUGGGGUCUGAGUCCCCCCAGUGUGCCCCCGACAGUCCCACCGCUCUCCAGCCCUCCUGCGGCUUCUCGCCUCUGCGGGCCCCGGGCCAGGCCCCGUGGAAGGGCACAUUCCCAGCCUGCUCUGUGCGCCGGCCAGUCCUGGGGUCAGGGAGGGAUGGAGGUGCCCUGCUCCCUGCCCCCUUUCACGUGUGUCCAGGUGGCACCGCCCUGGUAGCGGCACAGUGCAGGCACUGUGUGGUCAGCCCAGAGACCCACCCCACUCCUACCACAGGUUGUUCUCAGCCGGGAACUCGGCACCCCGGAGAAGGUUCUGGCUCCUUGAUGGUGCACCCUGGCAGGAGGACAGGUCCUCCCCGGGACAGGCCUGGGACAGGCUGGGCGUUGAAGAUGCCCGUACUGGGGGCUGCUUCCUCCCAGGCCCGCCCCUAAGUGGGUGAAGUCCCUGCCCACCAUUCGCCCUUGUGGGCCCUUGGGGGAGGGGUGGGAGGCAGAUUUUGGCAGAGAAGUUCAGUUCCCGGUGAAACCCCAGACUGGUGGCUGGCCUGGCCCCCACCUAGGCAGGGUCACCAGGAACAGUGGCUGUACACCCUGAGGUGAGCUGCACGAGACCAGGGACAGUGGCUGUACACCCUGGGGUGAGCUACCCAAGACCAGGGACAGUGGCUGUACACCCUGGGGUGAGCUGCACGAGACCAGGGACAGUGGCUGUACACCCUGGGGUGAGCUGCGCGAGACCAGGGACAGUGGCUGUACACCCUGGGGUGAGCUGCGCGAGACCAGGGACAGUGGCUGUACACCCUGGGGUGAGCUGCGCGAGACCAGGGACAGUGGCUGUACACCCUGGGGUGAACUGCACGAGACCAGGGACAGUGGCUGUACACCCUGGGGUGAGCUGCACGAGACCAGGGACAGUGGCUGUACACCCUGGGGUGAACUACGCAAGACCAGGGAGUGAGAUCCCACCUCCGUGGCGAAGACGCCACGGUGGAGGCCAAGCUGUGGCUGGGGCUGUUCCCAGGGGAGACACAGCCACAGCCUCGCCUGCCAGGGCCAGAGUGUGGCGUGUCCAGCUCUGGACGCAGCUGUGGGACAUCGGGGUCCCAACUUGUCUGUGGUGGGGCCACCCACAGGGCAGCGGCCGGCUGGCUAGGACGCUGCCCUUCUCUCCUCACUAGCAGGGAGCAGGCUUGUGCACUGGGGAAAGCUAAGCUCGGCCAGGGAGAGCUGGUGGCCAGCCCGGCCGCCCUGGCACAGCUUGGUGACAGCUCAGAGCCCUCAGCCCUGCAGCGUUGCACACAGACCUCUCGGCAGUCGCUCAGCCGCGUGUGGACAGCCCCGAGGACACCUGCACCUGGCCUGGUGCGUGGUCUUCCUCUGCCUGCAGGGCCGCAGCGUACAGAGGACGCCUGGCCAGCUGCUGGCACGGCUUGACUGCCUCGGGGGCGGACGUGCAGCCCCACGGAGGGCAGCUCCUGGAGACAAAAGGCCACGGUCUCCCUGCUGACGCAGUGCACGGUCAGCAGGUUUGGGGCCCACAGCUGUGGCCCUGAGGGCGGCUGUCGCUGUGCUGCCCCUCGUGCCAGACGGGCAGAGUGGGCAUUGGGGGUCUUGGAGGGAAGUUGCUUUUGGGGAUCUCAUCUUCAGGCUCUGUGCUGCCACGGGCCCUCCUGGGGUCCCAGAGCCCCCUGUGUCUGGGGUCAGCAUGGUUUUCUUGUGAGCCUACAGGUGCACUGCUCCUCUGUGGACACUGAGGGCUGGCCCGUGCAGGCUGUCACUGCCAUGCAGUUGCCACCUCCUCGGAGGACAGUGUCGUCGGGGGCUUGGACUCUGCUUGCCUGCUGCUGGGCCGCAGGUCCUCUAUGGCAGGGCAGACCCCCAAUCUGGGCCCUGGGCCCUGACCCGUGUCCUUGGUGCUUUGUCCCUGUCUCCUGGGCGUGCUGUCCACCAGCGAGGCACAUCCUACAGCAGUGUGUGACGCUUCCAGGAGGUCACCUCUGGCUGGGCAGGGGGAAAGGGCCGGCAGAGUCCAAGGGGCAGGGGAGGCUGGGGAAGGAGGCUUGGGGUAGGUUCUGGGUGGACCCAGGGACGCUGGGGAGGGGCCACCGUUGAGCCUGGGCUUUCUGUCUUAGAGGGAGCUUGUCAAGGACAGCAAAGGGUGGGGCCGGCAUCCCGGUGCAGAGGGUUACGCUGCAGCCUGCAGUGCCAGCAUCCCACAUGAGCCCUGGUUUGAAUCCCGGCUGCUCCACUUCUGAUCCAGCUCCCUGCUAGUGCAGCUGGGAGAGCAGCAGCAGGUGACCAAGUGCUUGAGCCCCUGCACCCAGGUGAGAUACCCAGGUGGAAAUCUAGGCCCCUACCUUUGACCUGACCCAGCUCCAGCCAUUGUGGCUGUCGGGGAGGGAACUAGUGGAUGGAAGAUCUUUCUUUCCUUGUAAUUCUGCCUUUUAAAUCAAUCUUAAAAAAGAAAAAUGAGAGCAGAGGUGGAGAGGUGGUGGUCACACAGAGUGCUGUGCACACAUGGUGUUUCACACGCAGACCUGGGCCUGUGCCCCCUCCUGGAGAUAAGCAACGGCUGGACGCCCGGCCACAGCCAGCUGCCACUCCAGCUCGCACGGAGCAGUGUGGGUGCGCAGUGCUCUGGGGUGAGCAAGGCCUGAGUUUUCCAGCGUCCAGCUCCUGGCCCUGCACGUGUGUCCAGUGCACAUCUUGCCAGGGCCUUGCGACUCCAGUGAUCCAGCUCUGCCCGACUCAUGUCCUGCUCCGCUGCGAGAUGGGGAGGACAUCCGGACCUCUCCACGGUCUGUCCAUCUCCCUCCCCGCCCCCGACUGUUUCUUAAUCUUAUUGUUUUCUUGUUGCAUGGUAGCUGUAAAGUAACACACGGGUCACAUGUAUACGGUUGACUUUGUGAUGUGCGGUACAGGGGUUAAUGUACCUGGCUGGCAUUCAGUGAUGUGUACAUGGUGAAGUGUAUGUUAAUGUGUGCACGGUUGGCAUUUAGUGGCACACAUGGUCAUCAGCGUGUCCAUGGUUGGCAUUUAGUGGCACUCAUGGUCAUCAGCGUGUCCACGGUUGGUGUUGGGUGGCACUCGUGGUCGUCAGCGUGUCCACAGUUGGUGGUGGGUGGCACGCGUGGUCGUCAGCGUGUCCACGGUUGGUGUUGGGUGGCACGCGUGGUCGUCAGCGUGUCCACAGUUGGUGGUGGGUGGCACGCGUGGUCGUCAGCGUGUCCACGGUUGGUGUUGGGUGGCACUCGUGGUCGUCAGCGUGUCCACGGUUGGUGUUGAGUGGUCAGUGCUCAGUGGUGCUGAGUGGUCCACAGUUGGCACUGAGUGGUGUGCGGGGGUAUUAGCGUGAACACGGUCCAUGUGGACUGGUGCUUGCCCAGUCGCGUCCUUACCAGCUCCGCCCAACGACUGCUGAGUGAAGCCAGGGUCCCAAGGUUGCCGUGGCACACGCCGGGGAGGACCUGUUUCUUACAAGUCAGCCCUGUUUGCGGCGGCUGGUGGCCAGCAGGGGAAGCCGAGGACUGCACAGGUGCCUGGUGCCCAGGGAGACAGUCUCGUGUCUCCUCGCUGGCCCUGCUGCCACUGCGGGAGUGCAGAGGUGUGGGGGUGUGGGUGCUCAGGGGCGGUGGCUGGAAGAGAAGGAGGUGGCGUGCACAUGGGGCGCGGGGCCCCGUCCUGGGAGGACUGAGUGGAACCCCCAUUCCGACUGCCUGCCGCUCGGAUCCCCUCCCCACGGGCCGUGCGCCCAGCUGGCAGGGCGGCUCUGCGCUCCAGGGGUGAGUGGAUGAGGUGUCCGUGCACCCCGUGUUCCUGAGAGGCAAGGGGGUCGCCGGUGAGGGCCACUCCUUCCUCCUGCCCCGGUGCUCGUUGGUGGGAGCGUGGCCGGCCUCUGUGGCAGCUGGUCAGGGAGCAGCCACGUGCGGCAGCAGCUGCACUGGUGCAGGCUCAGAGGAGCCCCGAGCAGGGGCUGGGAGAGAGGGGUGCACCCUGGAUCACAGCAUCCCCACUUCCAACGGCCAGACUGGGAGACAGAGAAGCAAGGGGCCCCCAUGGUGUGGCCCAGUGAGUGAGGGAAGCCAUGGAGGGUGCUGGGGGCUGGGCCGCCGCCGCCAGGCAGUGUCGGAUGAGGGUGCUGUAGGAGGCAGGGUGGGGGCGCCUGUGUGCUGUCCCGUCCCCGGGCUCUCUGGGCACAGUGUCUGUCCUGUGGUGCCAGGCCCAGCAGUGCACCGCGUGUGGGGUCUGCAGGGGCUAACAGGACUGGUCACCUCCAGAGUGACCUGGUGCUCACUGAGCACACAGGACUCCCCUAGGACCCCCUGCCCUCGGCUCUGGCCCUCAGCCUCUGGGUGUCCAGGUGCCCAGACCGCAGCCGGCGGCUCCGCCUCCCUCCUCCUCCCCCUCCCCCGUGUUCACAGCGGCUGCCUUGAGAAGUUGGGGAGGAAAGCACAUGGGGACCGGGCUUGUGGAAGGGCGGGGACAGCAGGGCCGCGCUGCUCAUGUCUUCGGGCUGUGACCACCGCCUGCUGCACCCCCACCCAGCUAGGACAUGGGGAGGGGGCUGUGAGGGAGGGGAUGGAGCUGGUGACAGCUGGUGGCGUCAGCCACUCGUCCACACGCAUCCUCCUGAUGGCGUCUUCAGAGGCAAGGGUGGGGACAGUGCCUCCCUGCACUCCUGCUCCUACGUCUCCUUAUUUAUUUAUUGUAAGAUUUAUUCAUUUAUUUGAAACAGAGUUAGAGAGGUCUUCCAUCGCUGGUUCACUCCCCAAAUGGCCACAACAGCCAGGGCUGUGCCAGACCAGAGCCAGGAGCCAGGAGCUUCUUCCAGGUCUCCCAUGUGGGUGCAGGGGCACAAGGACUUGGGUCUCUUCCACUGUCUUCCCAGGCCACAGCUGGGAGCUGGAUCGCAAGUGGAGCAGCCGGGACUUGAACUGGCGCCUGCAUGGGAUACUGGCACCAUAGGAGGCAGCUUUACCUGCUACACCACAGCAGCCCCCCCCAUCUCUUUAAAGAAAUUGGCUGAUGUGUGUCUGGGAUGUCACCGUGUGCCAGUGAGAGGACAACGGUGAUGCCGGGUGUGGGCGUCUGCUGCUGCCGAGUCCCUCACAGCCACCAGGGCCUCAGGCCUGGGCCCCGGCACAGGCGCAGGGCAGGUGGGCUUCCAGGCAUUCCCUCGCGUUCUCCGAGAGGCCCUGCUGGCGCACGUCAGCUGAGGCGUGGGCCCUUCCUGGAAACCAGCCUGGGGUGAAGCACACAGGUGCAGUUGGCCAGGCCCUGCUGCACAGGGGGCUCUGCUGCCUCGGUGCCGCUGGCUGCGGGCUCCCGGGACAGAUCUUAGGUUACAGCAGGGAAGUCAGACCUGGGGCUCCCGGGACAGACCUUAGGUUACGGCAGGGAAGUCAGACCCGGGGCUCCCGGGACAGACCUUAGGUUACGGCAGGGAAGUCAGACCCGGGUCUCGGGGACAGACCUUAGGUUACGGCAGGGAAGUCAGACCCAGGGCUCCCACUGUCGCUCUGUGGGGCGGGGUCUAGUGGGGUGUCCUGUUUGCAGCUGCUCAGCCGCUCGGGUCUGUAAACAGCAGCCGCGGUAACGUCCUGGCCCGGCCUCAUGUCCACCCUGCAGCCCGGGACACUCCACAGGUCCCCACACCCGCUCUGCGUCCCGGGGAGCCGGCCGCCGUGGGCGUCCAGGGCACCUGCGCUCUCGCUCCCUCAGCUGCGUUGCCAGGGUGGCCGUCUGCCGCCCUGGUUCUGAGGUGGCCGCUUCUUCACCAGCACUUGGUUUUGGCUUUCUUGCUGUUUAUCUUUUUUUUUUUUUUAAAGCCAUUCUUUGGGGGCAAAACAGCAUUUAUUUAUUCGAAAGGCACAAUGGUAGCAAGAGAGGGAGAGACAGAAAUGUUCCAUCCGCUGUCUGCUGAUUCAGAUGCCCACAGCAGCCAGGUCAGGGCCAGGCCAAGGCCAGGAGCCAGGACUUCCUCCUGGGUCUCCCCUGCCAGUGGCAGGGACCCGCGCACUGGGCUGUCGCUGCUGCCCCCGAGCGGCCUCUCAGGAGCUGGAUGGGCAGCGGGAGCCCAGCACUGGAGCGUGGGACGCACUCCCAGGGCCUCGCUCUUGGUGAGGGCUGCUUCAAAUAUCUUGGUCACUUUGUAUUAGGUGGCUGCUUUGAGAAUUCUUUGUCGUCUGGACAAAACCCUUUGUCCAACACGAGGUCUGCAAAUAUUUCCUCCCACACUUAGCUCGUCUCACAUAACAGGGUUUUUCACAGAGCAGAAGUUUUGCAUUUUUAGAGCCCGAGUUACCGCUCGCUCUCUGUGUUCGUCUCUGGGCCGCUUUGUCCUCCCCGCGCUGUCCGGACUCUCGUAGGCUUCGAGUCUCGGAAUUUGCUCCCUGUCCGUGCUGGGAUGGCUGGCGUUCUUUGGCUUUCCACGUGUGAUCCGUGCGAAGUCUUGCUGGGGCCUGACGGGCUUUUGCUGGCUCUGCCAUCAGUGUGGGCGCCUGAGCAGCCUGGCCGCUGGCACCUCUGGCACCUGCUGUCAGCGUGGGGGCACCCAGCUCGCAGAUAGAUGGACGCACCGCUCCCUUGCCGCGUGUGCAGCUGCGAUGGGUGCACCGAGGCCGGUGUGGGCUGUGCGGCCCUGCUGAGCUCCUGGAGGGGCUGUUCUCACAUACCCCGGCCCCGAGGCUCUGGAUGUCUGCAAGGGGAGGGUUUAUUUUUCUCCCUGCCCUCACUGUGCGAGGCCGAGGAACGGUUCCGGGACCAUUUGCCUGUGCCUGGUCCUGGGGACGGCACGUAGUCCGUCGUUAUUCAGUGUGGUGUUAGCCCUAGGCUUUUGCUUCUCUUUGAAAGAUUUGUUUAUUUGGGGGCCGGCACUGUGGCGUAGCGGGUAAAGCUGCCGCCUGCAGUGCCGCAUCCCAUACGGGCGCUGGUUCGAGUCCCAGCUGCUCCUCUGCUGAUCCAGCUCUCUGCUGUGGGCUGGGAAAGCAGAGGAAGGUGGCCCAAGUGCUUGGGCUGCUGCACCUGCGUGGGAGACCGGAGGAACUUCCUGGCUCCUGAUUUCGGAUAGCACAGCUCCAGCCAUUGCGGCCAUCUGGGGAGUAAACCAGCUGCUGGAAGACUCUCUGCUUCUCCUCUCUGUAUAACUAUGACUUUCAAAUAAAUACAUAAAUCAUAAAAAUUAAAGAUUUAUUUAUUUGAAAGCAGAGUGAUAGAAGGGGGGAGCUUCCAUCUGCUGGCUCGCUCCGCAAAUGGCUGUAGCACGUACGGCUGGGCCACGCUGAAGCCAGGAGCCUGGCACUCCACCUGGUCUCCUGCGUGAGUGGCAGGGGCUGGCGGGGUUCGCAGGGAGCUGGAUCACAAGCAGAGCUGCCAGGACUGAAACCUGGGCUCCAGUGGGGUUGGGGGUGUGGCAAGUGCUGGCCGUGCUCACGGGCCUCCCACGAUGGCCGUCCUCACGGGCCUCCCACACUGGCCAUCCUCACGGGCCUCCCACGCUGGCCAUGCUCACGGGCCUCCCACGCUGGCCAUCCUCAUGGGCCUCCCACGCUGGCCCUGCUCACGGGCCUCCCACGCUGGCCGUCCUCACGGGCCUCCCACGCUGGCUGAGCUCACAGGCCUCCCACGCUGGCCGAGCUCACGGGCCUCCCACGCUGGCCGUCCUCACGGGCCUCCCACGCUGGCCGUCCUCACGGGCCUCCCACGCUGGCCGUCCUCACGGGCCUCCCACGCUGGCUGAGCUCACAGGCCUCCCACGCUGGCCGAGCUCACGGGCCUCCCACGCUGGCCGUCCUCACGGGCCUCCCACGCUGGCUGAGCUCACAGGCCUCCCACGCUGGCCGUCCUCACGGGCCUCCCACGCUGGCCGUCCUCACGGGCCUCCCACGCUGGCCGUCCUCACGGGCCUCCCACGCUGGCUGAGCUCACGGGCCUCCCACGCUGGCCAUACUCAUGGGCCUCCCACGCUGGCCAUCCUCACGGGCCUCCCACGCUGGCCGUCCUCACGGGCCUCCCACGCUGGCCAUGCUCACGGGCCUCCCACGCUGGCUGAGCUCACGGGCCUCCCACGCUGGCCGUCCUCAUGGGCCUCCCACGCUGGCCGUCCUCACGGGCCUCCCACGCUGGCCGUGCUCACGGGCCUCCCACGCUGGCCGUCCUCACGGGCCUCCCACGCUGGCUGUCCUCACGGGCCUCCCACGCUGGCUGAGCUCACGGGCCUCCCACGCUGGCCAUACUCAUGGGCCUCCCACGCUGGCCGUCCUCAUGGGCCUCCCACGCUGGCCAUGCUCACGGGCCUUCCGCGCAGGUGUCCGCCGUCUCCUGCAGCCACGUGGUCACUCGGCCGCUGUGUCACUCCCCGGGACCUCGGGGCCUCCCUGCCGGCUUCUGUGACGGUGCCCGGGUCACUGGGUCCAGCAUCACACUGAGAAUUCCGGAAACGACCAGUUCCUAAGAAGUGGCAUCGCGGUGAAAUCUGCGCCUGCCUCGGACUGCCCGCCGUGGGCCGCUGGGCAGGAGGGCGCCUGUGUGCACAGGGGCCACACGCCGCCGGGGUCUGGGGCUGGGCCCUGCCUUGAUUGCCGGCCUGGCUCGGGACGUGCUGGGAGGGGUUUCGGCUGAGCUUUCUCGUGAGCUGACGGCCGCUGGUGCUGGAAGCAGCUCGCGAUCGCUCCUCCCACUCGCUGGGGCUGGGAGAGGGCGCCCGCAGGUGGAACGGGCAGUGAGGGCGUCCCCUGCACACGCACACGCAGGGUGGGGCCUCUGCCCUGUGUGGGAGGCCCUGGGGGCUCUGCGUGGCCGUCAGACCGCCAGGCCCUGGAAUUCUGCUUCGUCCCUGACGGCGUUCUUGUCCCUGAGAGCGCACACGAGUGCGGCGUGUGCCCGGGCCGGGGCCGGGCGGGUCUCUGCACCCUGAUUUGGUGCUCCCGCUGUUUGAGCUUCAGUCCUUUUGCCGAGGAGACCGGGCUUGGUCACAUUCAACUCCACUCCAAACGCACGCGAAGCGUCUCCAGGGCUCAGACGCUGCACUUGGGGCGUUUCGGGGGCUCCCUGCUUGCCUGGUGCCCUGCGGGAGCCCCAGCCCCCAGACCCCCGCUGUCCUCUCGGGGUCUCAGAGACUGCCGGGGGCACCUUCGUGUGCCUCCUGCCUGCUGCGGAGCCAAGGCACGCCCUGCUGGCCGAGGCCUCGUGUCUGCCCGGGCCGUCUCCAGGCUCAGUGCGACACAGAUGGCCUCCUUGCUGACACCAAGUGGCCGCGACGGGCCUUUUAUGAAUGAGUGGACAGGUGCUGAGGAGCCCCCGGCCCGCCUGGCCCCCUGUGCCUGCUGCCUGUGCCAGGAGGUUGAGGCUGCUUCGGUAUCCCGUGUUGCACCGCACGGCUGCUCAGAUGGGUGUGGAGGCCCAGGCCUCUCCGAGGACGUGCCGCUGUGCCAGGCAGGCAGGACCCCCACCUGUGCUGCAUCCACCCUGUGGCAGACGUCUGAGACCGGCCUUUCAGGAGGAAUAUGAGCCAGGCUACCUCUGGAAGGCUGGCGGGCGCUGCGUCGUCUUUGGAGCCCGUGGCUGUCCUGGUGUCUCACUGGGUCACGCAGGGCACAUGGUCGGGCCAGCGCUGUUGGGGCGAUGUGCGCCCACACAGGGCCGUGGGGAGUCCCCUAUCACACACGGAGGCUCACUCCAGGGUGGGGGCAUCUGGACCUGUGCUCCAGUGGACGCCAUCUCCCUGGUCUCUGUCCUGCAGUCGGAGACACAGGGCAGCGUGGCGGGGCUGGGGGUGGGCACCUGGGGGGGCUGGGCACCAGGCUGAGC